GUGUCCUCUCCUCACCUCACCCCAACAACUCGAACUUUUGCACGUAGUCUUUAGAUUGUUAAUAAAUUUGCUGAGAUUGGCUCAAGCUCAAACCUACUUAGACAAUGGAUAUAAUUAAUUCCAUUCCAACUCAUAUGGACUUUGAUGGACAGAAAAGAGCAGAACGUCUUUCAAGAAUUAUCAUAACCUUAUUUGGUGCAGUUGGUCUGGUCUGGGGUUACAUUAUUCAGCAGUUUUCGCAGACUGUGUACAUCGUAGGAGCAGGCUUCGCUCUAGCCGCCAUUGUUACAAUUCCUCCAUGGCCGAUGUACCGCAGGAAACCUCUGCAGUGGCAGAAACCCAGGACUGAGGGCGAGGGAGAAUCACAUCAGAAAACAAAAAAGAAAAAGUAACUUUCUCCAACUUUGUCAAAACGAUUUUUUGUUUGUUUUGGGGUUGUAUUUUCUUAUUUCUGACUUGAUGAAAGGUAAUCCUUUUUAACACAAAACAUAUUCUGCUAUUGUCAUAUUUAUGAAUGUUAAACAUUAUUUCAUGAUUAUUUAAUAAUGAUUACAAUAUCUUUUAUUGCGUUCUCCAGUGUCCGCACUUCACUUUGGGUUUGGUUACUUAGGAUUACUUCAUAACUGUCGUGGAUUAAAUUAAUAAUUUUCUCUACUUUUCAAAAGACUUAUAUUAUCCUAGGUACUUUGUGUGAUAAUGGUACACUUGUUAUUGAAAUGUAUAAAAUGGUCAUUGCACUUAUAACGUUUUAAGUUAUUAAGUACAUUAUUAUGCUCUGUUGUUUUACUUCAGUAUUAAACUCAAAUUUGUAAAAAGUCUUUUGGUUUUUCUUAA